AUGCAGCCGCCCGUGCCCGGGCCCCUGGCCCUGCUGGACACAACAGAAGGGUUUGCGGGGAGAAAGAAGACUUCCCUUUGGUUUGUGGGGUCUCUGCUCGUGGUGUCUGCCUCCAUCCUGACCGUCGGCCUCGCCGCCGCCACCAGGACAGAGAACGUGACCGUGGGGGGCUACUACCCAGGGAUCAUGCUGGGCUUUGGAGCUUUCUUAGGAAUUAUUGGCAUCAACCUGGUGGAGAAUAGAAGGCAAAUGCUGGUCGCGGCCAUCGUGUUCAUCAGCUUCGGUGUGGUGGCGGCCUUCUGUUGCGCCGUUGUGGACGGCGUGUUUGCGGCUCGGCACAUAGAGCUCAGGCCCCUCACCGAGGGAAGAUGCCAGUUUCUCGCCAGCGAGGUGGGCUACGUGCACGACGCCCCCCAGACGGAGGUCACCUGCCACCCCUCGAGCGGCCCGUGUCAGCUGAAGGUGAAGAGCAGCACCUGCUACUGUUGUGAGCUCUACAGCUGCCAGAGCACGGAGCCCCCUCUCACCUACUAUGAGUUCGUGGGCGUGCGUGGCUGUCAGGACGUGCUUCACCUCUACCGGCUGCUCUGGGCCUCGGCGGUGCUGAACACGCUGGGCGUGCUCCUGGGUGUCCUCACAGCAGCUGUCCUGGGGGCCUUCAAGGACACGGUCCCCCUGUCGCAGCUGGCCUACGGCCCUUCCGCUCUACCUCAGAUCCUCUACAACCCCGCCCAGCAGAUCCUGGCCUUCUGCCCGGCGCCCGUGACCCUCCCCACCUGCUCAUCCUACCCUCUGCCUCUCCAGGGCGCCCGCUCCCAUCUGAUGCUUCCCACGAGCUUGGCUGUGAGGACCGGGGUGCACCCCAAGCGCCGGCCCUGA